CGAUUGCUCGGGUCGCCGGGCGCUAGCCUAGGCGGCGGCGGCAACGCUGACGAAGCCUGAAGCCGGCGUCGUCUUUCCAUCCUUCGAGGCGACGGCCGCAGCUGCACAGGACUAAUAAUGUAUUUGUGGCCUUGGACGUGAAGCAGUCAGUCUUCUGUUGCUGUUAACAUAGCGUCAAGGACUGAUGUUGUGGGAAGCAUGGACCUAAUGAACGGGCAGGCAAGCAGUGUUAAUAUUGCUGCUCCUGCUUCCGAGAAAAGUAGCAGUUCCGAAUCAUUAAGUGACAAAGGUUCCGAACUGAAGAAAAGCUUUGAUGCUGUGGUCUUUGAUGUUCUUAAGGUUACACCAGAAGAAUAUGCGGGUCAGAUAACACUAAUGGAUGUUCCAGUAUUUAAAGCCAUUCAACCAGAUGAGCUUUCAAGUUGUGGAUGGAAUAAAAAAGAAAAAUAUAGUUCUGCACCAAAUGCCGUUGCCUUCACAAGAAGAUUUAAUCAUGUAAGCUUUUGGGUUGUUAGAGAAAUUCUUCAUGCUCAGACAUUAAAAAUCAGAGCAGAAGUGUUGAGCCACUAUAUUAAAACUGCUAAGAAACUGUAUGAGCUGAAUAACCUUCAUGCACUUAUGGCAGUGGUUUCUGGCUUACAGAGUGCCCCAAUCUUCAGGUUGACUAAAACAUGGGCGUUACUAAGUCGAAAAGACAAAACUACCUUUGAAAAAUUAGAAUAUGUAAUGAGUAAAGAAGAUAAUUACAAAAGACUAAGAGACUAUAUAAGUAGCUUAAAGAUGACGCCUUGCAUUCCCUAUUUAGGUAUCUAUUUGUCAGAUUUAACAUACAUUGAUUCAGCAUACCCAUCAACUGGCAGCAUUCUAGAAAAUGAGCAAAGAUCAAAUUUGAUGAAUAACAUCCUUCGAAUAAUUUCUGAUUUACAGCAGUCCUGUGACUAUGAUAUCCCCAUGUUGCCUCAUGUCCAAAAAUAUCUGAACUCUGUUCAGUAUAUAGAAGAACUACAGAAGUUUGUGGAAGAUGAUAAUUACAAGCUUUCGUUAAAGAUAGAACCAGGGACAAGCACACCACGCUCUGCUGCUUCGAGAGAAGAUUUAGUAGGUCCUGAAGUAGGAGCAUCUCCGCAAAGUGGAAGAAAAAGUGUGGCAGCUGAAGGAGCCCUGCUACCACAGACACCGCCGUCCCCUCGGAACUUGAUUCCACAUGGACACAGGAAGUGCCAUAGCUUGGGCUAUAAUUUCAUUCAUAAAAUGAACACAGCCGAGUUUAAGAGUGCAACGUUCCCAAAUGCAGGGCCAAGGCAUCUAUUAGAUGACAGCGUCAUGGAGCCCCAUGCACCAUCUCGAGGCCAAGCUGAAAGUUCUACUCUUUCUAGUGGAAUAUCAAUAGGUAGCAGUGAUGGUUCUGAACUAAGUGAAGAGACCUCAUGGCCUGCUUUUGAAAGGAACAGAUUAUACCAUUCUCUCGGCCCGGUGACACGAGUGGCACGAAAUGGCCAUCGAAGCCACGUGAAGGCCAGCAGUUCUGCAGAAUCAGAAGAUUUGGCAGUACAUUUAUAUCCAGGAGCUGUUACUAUUCAAGGUGUUCUCAGGAGAAAAACUUUGUUAAAAGAAGGCAAAAAGCCUACAGUGGCAUCGUGGACAAAGUAUUGGGCAGCUCUGUGUGGAACACAGCUUUUUUACUAUGCUGCCAAAUCUCUAAAAGCUACAGAGAGAAAGCAUUUCAAAUCAACAUCAAAUAAGAACGUAUCUGUGGUAGGAUGGAUGGUGAUGAUGGCUGAUGACCCAGAACACCCAGAUCUCUUCUUGCUGACUGACUCUGAGAAAGGAAACUCAUACAAGUUUCAAGCUGGCAACAGAAUGAACGCGAUGCUGUGGUUCAAGCAUUUGAGCGCAGCUUGCCAAAGCAACAAGCAGCAGGUUCCUACAAACUUGAUGACUUUUGAGUAGAAGCCUAAGAAAGACGCGAGGUGAACUAUCACCCCUAAGUGAGAGUGAGGAGGUGACGCGAGCGCCAGCUAUGAGCCAGUUCUGGGCCAGGAGGAGCCCAGAGGCUGCGUCUCAAGCCUUUGGAGUUCUGAACCAAAAAAAGCACUAAUUUCAGGGAAUGAAGUGAGAUAUUCCCAGAGAACACAUUGGAGUCACUAAACAAACUGCCAUGGACCGCGCUGCUUUUCUCUGAACUGACCUGCGGAAACCACUGCCUUAAACGAACGAAAGGAAAACCAACAUGAAGCACCAAAUAGUGUGUGUGCAUCUUCUGGCGGUGCUGUGCUUGGAAUAGAUCGUAGCCCAUUUGCGUUUCUUUUAACUUUGUACUAAUUUUGGAGGGGGGAAUCUCCUUUUUUUAGACACACUUUAAAAAGGAAAAUAUCUUUCUUAUGAGUUAUGUGAGGGGCUGGUGUAGAAAGGAGGUGUGAAGAUGCUCCGCCUGCUCCGGGGGGCUUCUCCGCUCCCGGUCAUCUGCAGCCUCCCCAGCUCUCCCACGGCAAGAGUUUCGGGAUUAGACAUGUUCAUAAUGUGAGU